AUGUGUUUCUUCCCGGCGCGGCUGUCCAAGUACUUCCCUUUCGGCUCGCUGCUCGUCCUCAACUUCGCCCUCGUUCUGGCGUCGUGCGCGGGGGACGCGGCGAGUCGCAAGACGGCGAUAACGGUGGCGCUCAUCUGGUGCCUGCUCGCCUCCACGCUCCUCGCCUUCCUCAAGCGCCUCCCGCCCAACUCGCCGCGGUACGGCGGCGCGAGGGUUCUGCGCACGGCGACGGCAGACUUCGUGCUGAUGUGCGACGCGCACGUGGUGGGGCACGCCGCCAUCUCCGCCGUCGCGUUCACGUCGCUCGGCUUCUUCACCGAGUCCGUCCGCCAGCCGCUCUUCCCAGGCGUGGAGCCGCUGUGGUUCCUGGCGGCGCAGUACGUGCUUCUGCUCUUCGCGUGUCUGCUCACGCUCGUCGUCGUCGACGCCACGCCCGGCCUCACCACCAUCCCCUUCCCCUUCUUGCUCCCCAGCUCCCCGCCGCGCAACCACCUCUGCGUGCACGCAUGCCCCGCGCACCGCGCCUGCCUACCAUCGCGCUCCACCGACCUCCGCUCGUCUGCCAGUGGCGGAUCCGCGCUGUUCGCCGCCAGUGCCGCCGCUGCUGCCGGCGGGAAGUCGGGCGAGCAGGCGGGCGGCGCGACUCCCCGGAGAACCCCCUCCCGCACGCCUUACUUGUUGCAGCUGGCGCGCGAGGCAGGCGCGCCAGUCGCGCCAAUGACCCCUGAUGCGCUGCUGCCCGCAGAAGCCGCGCAAACGGGCGGAGGAGAGGGAGUGAAGGAAGCGGCGGAAGAGGUCGAGAGGAAUGAGCGCGCGGGAGUAGAAGCGGAGCAGCGGAGUGUGGGGGCUGGGGAACCAGGGGGUAGACAAGAGCGAGGGGCGGAGGACACCGUUGCGCCUGGCGGACACAAGACUGCGGAGGGAGCUGCGGACGUUGAUAAGGGGAGGAUGGCAGAACCAGAGGGCAGUGCGGAAAAGAAAGAAGCGGAGCGGAGCGAGCAGGAUUUGCAGCGCGGCAGCGAGGAGGGGGAGAUGGAACGGGCGGGGCGGGCUGAGGCGGAAGCACGGAGGGAUGCGGGCACAGGGGGGGCAGCGGAGCCUGGGAAGAGGAACAGCAAGGCGGGGGGCGAGAGGGGCGCCAGGGGCGGGGUUACUGGCGGGAGGACGUCGGGGGGAAGGCGGGAGAAGAGGGCCGCAGAUAAGGGAGAGGGCGAGGGGGGAGAUCCGCGUACAGCGGAGGGGAUGGAGGGGUGCAUUGGAGCGAUCAAGACGGCGCAGCACGGCGGGGGGACGGAGGAAGGGCGCGCGCGAGAGGAGGCGGCAGAUGAGUGCAGCAGCCCGGGGGAGGGAGAACGAGAGCAAGAGGCAAUCGCGGAGGCGUUAGUGGGGAAAGAGGCGGAAGAGGGGGCGGUAAGGGGGGAAGAGGUGACGGAGGAAGGGGAAGGGGGUGAGGGGGCGACGGAGGAGGCAGCAAGAGGGGAGGAGGCAGAUGAGGAGGCAGAGGAGGAGGCAGAGGAGGAGGGAGUGCGGGAGGAGAUGACGCGGCGCCUGGUGGUGGCUCGCUUCCACAGCCUCGUCAGCCACGUCAAGACAGCCGCUGCUGCCCUCCUGCACGCCCACGCCGCCGAGGGGCGCGCCACACCCGCCAGCAUGGGCACUCCGCCAGGGAGUGGCGCGGAGGAGGGCGGAGGUGGGGAGCGGGGGAGGGCGGAGGCGGAGUAUGAGGAGGCGGUGCAGCAGGUGGGGCGCAUGGUGGGCGCCAUGGCGGGCAUGGGCCUGCAAGACCACCCUCUUCCCGCCGCCCCUGGCCGCCUUCAUCCCCCCAGUGCUACUCCCCGCCCUGCGCCUCCUCCCCUCCCUCCCCCCGCCUCCCCCACCCGCCUCCUCUUCCUCCGCCUCUGGCUCCCCCCUCUCGCCUGUGUUCCCCCGACCCCUGAUUUGCGCGCAGCACUGGGGGAUGUGGUGGAGGCGAUGGGGGAGGGGGAGAGGGCGGAGGUGGAAAAGAUGGUGGCGCAGGUGAUGAGGGCGUGGGGGGAGGGCGGAGAGCAGGAGGAUAGGUGA